UCUAUGUAUAGUGCACCAAACAGAAUGUCUCAGUAUGUACGUAUUCAUGCUAUAAUACUACUACAGUUUUACAGCCAAACAUGCACAUCUAAAAAGAAGGCAAAGAAAUGAAGGCAACAAAAAACAAUCUGUUUGCAUUCACAAGAAUAGUCAUGGCAAAUAUCAGCUCGCUGCUUGUCACGCUUGCUUUGGUUGGACAACUAUCGGCGGACAAGCUCGCGUGCAAUAAUGGAAUUCUACGUCUAGUACGUCUUGAUGAUCAAGUGACUAAAAGCUACGUCCAGUACUGCCUUGAUGGAGAAUGGUGUUGGCUGUGUGGCAAACCAUUUUCCCGAGUAGAAGCCAACGUAGUGUGUAGACAGCACGGUUACAGUGACCAAGGAGCCACAAAAGGGUUUAAUAGGAAUCUAGCAUCGAUGUCUAUCAGUGGCGGUUUCUUCAGGUUCAAUUUCGGCUCAUGUUCUGGCAGGGAGAAUGCAUUAGCAGAAUGUGAAAGAAUUGAAGCUUUAUCUAAUUGCAACAGUAAUCAACAAGGAUGGGUAAAAUGCAAUCCAGUUGAUUGCCCUGAUGGAGCCGUACGACUGGUGGGCGGAUCCACCAUAAGACAAGGACGAGUGGAGGUGUGUCAGAACCAGCGAUGGGGUACAAUGUGCUACAACCAAGUACUAGCUGGACAUGUUUGCUCUCAGCUAGGAUUUCCAAGCCAAGCAGCAGUGUCAAACGUAAUCAGCACGACAAGCCCACAAGUUAGUUGCACCAUGGAUACCAACAAUAGGUUGAGCUGUGGGAACAUCACUGACAGUGGGUUAUGUGCUCGAGGUUUAGCCGUUGAGUGUCCAUCGUUCUGUGAGACAUGUCCUAACUCAUCGACAUUAUGCAUGGCACCCUCUGACAUAAUCGAAGAUCAAACUACCGCCAACAGCAGUGAUCCACCAAUCCCAAGCAGUAGUAUCUCAACCAGUGCUGUACAGAAUACAACCAUGCAUCCAAGAAGCCCAAUCACCAGUGUACUAGGAGUAGUGAUUGGGCUUCUUGCACUACUAGAAGUAGGGACAGUUAUUGCGUGGGUGGCUUGCACUGUCACAAGGAAAAGGAACUCAAGUCCAACAAAACAAAGUAACAGAAUUCUAACAAAAGUGAAUGAGAGUUACAAUGGGACAUUCCUAAAACAACCGAACGUCAGCUCACAAGAUCCUAACUACGAUACUGUGACUACAAGCAAUGAAGCAGUUAGUGACUAUGAUGUCAUUGACAAUUUCAAACCCAAGCCGAGAGCACUCCAGAUAUCCAACCCACCACCAGUGACUGUGGAAGCCAGUAAUUAAGGAAAGAGAGGUUAGGAGAAACAGUCAUAGCUAGUGUGCAGAGACGCAUAAUAUUACAGAAUACGUAACUAAUUAUUACAACCU